UAUAAUGUUUUAGAUCUUAGUACACUAGAGAGAGAGAGAGAGAAGAUGAGUAAUGUGUAUUCACGUGGGACAAUCGACUGCAAGUGCCAACUUAUCUCGAUCGACCCGACCGCCGCGUUCCAAUGAGCGAGGCAUCGUCCCCCCUUCUUCUUCAACAUCAAGAAAACAAAAAUGAAAGAAAAAAACAGGCCCAUUUAUUACCUCUCAAGACUUUCCGCUCUUCCACUCCCUCAGUGCUCUUCUCCUCCUCCAAGAAAAAGAUGAAGAUGGUGGAGUCAGACCACCUUCUUCCUACAAUCCCACCUCCACCUUCCCCUGCCUAAAGUUAUCCAUCAUUUGAUCCCCGUUUCUCCUAUAAAAACCAGACAAAACUGUUCAGACAGAAAAAACAAGAGCAACGAAGAGGAGAUCAUGGGAAGCAUGGAGGAAUACACUACAUCUCGCAAACAGAACAAUCAGCAACAGAGCACAAUCCGAUCAAAACUGAAGCUUGUUCUCCUCCUCAUCUCCUCCAACCUCCUCACCAUCUACCUUUUCUCUUCCCACAAACCCCUCAGCUUCCGCCUGUCAGAUCACGUCCCUGUAAUCCAUCUCUGGGACUCUCAAUCCCUCCUCCGCGAACUCAACUCCACCCAACUCCGCCUCUCCCAAACCAAAUCGCAGCUCUCCCAACUUCACCUCCGCCUCCACACUUCCAACUCCCUCUUGGAAAACCUCCUCUCCGAACUCGGCCACACCCACAACCAUCAUUCCAUCACCGACGGCGAUCUCUCCGGCGAGCUCAAACUCGCCGUCGGACCCCAUAAACUCCCCCUCGGCUUCACCUCCCAGCUCGACACCGAUGAACUCUUCCCCUCCCUCGGCUCCCCCUGCCUCCGCUUUCUGGACGAGCUCACCCAAUACAUGAAUUACCCCAUCGGCGGCGAUUGCCCCGUCGACGACAACUUCGCCCAACGCCUGAUGCUCAAGGGCUGCGAACCUCUCCCCCGCCGGCGAUGCCAUCCCAAAUCCCCCUCCGGCUACAUCGGCCCCCACCCCUUCCCUUCCAGCCUCUGGUCCAUCCCCCCCGACACCAGCAUCAUCUGGGAACCCUAUUCCUGCAAGAACUACAGCUGCCUCGUCAACAGAGGGAAAUCGAAAGGCUCUUACGAUUGCAAGGACUGCUUCGAUCUCCACGGCCGAGAAAGAACUCGCUGGCUUUACGACAAUGGCGGCCUCGAUUACAGCAUCGAUCACGUCCUCUCCCUCCGACCUCCGGGAACCAUUCGCAUCGGCCUCGACAUCGGCGGCGGAAGCGGGACCUUCGCCGCCCGGAUGAGGGAACGCAACGUCACCAUUGUCACCAGCUCGAUGAACUUCGACGGCCCGUUCAACAGCUUCAUUGCGUCGAGAGGGCUUCUGGCUCUACACCUCAGUGUGGCGAAUCGGCUCCCGUUCUUCGAUCAUACCCUAGACAUCGUGCAUUCGAUGCAUGUGUUGAGUAAUUGGAUUCCGGAUCAGGUUCUGGAGUUCGCUCUGUAUGAUAUUUUUAGGGUUUUGAGGCCGGGGGGAUUGUUCUGGCUCGAUCAUUUCUUCUGCGUGGGGAGGGAGAUGAAUUACACCUAUGUGCCCAUGUUCGAGAGAAUAGGGUUUCAGAAGCUGAGAUGGGAUGCGGGGAGGAAGCUUGAUAGGGGGAUUGACAAGAACGAGUGGUAUCUCUCUGCUCUGCUUGAGAAGCCCAUGACAUGAAAGCAGAGAGGAAGAAGAUGAAGAAACCGAUACCAGAGUCUUUUAGUUCAAAUUAUAU